UUCGAGGUAUCUGGAAAAUGGUAUGAUUAACGUGGAUAUAGAUAAAGUGUUUACCCCUGGAGUAACCAGGACAGGCAGUUGUAAUGAUGGCUAUGUUGCAGUAUCUGGACAAAUUAACGCAACAUGCAACCCUAAUUUUCAAACAGUUGUUUCCGAUACUUGCCGUGAAGUCCUGCGAAAUAUCACGGUUGGCAAGCCUACAGAACAAAUAUCAACCUUUAGGGAGUUCGAAUCUGGUUUAGCGGUGGAUGGAAUUAGAAACACUGAUAUUGACGCUCUCUCCUGUUCGCAUACAGAUGUCUCUGAUGAUAAUCCGUGGUGGAGAGUUGACCUUCUAAAGGUUUACUUCAUUGUUACUGUACGAAUGCUCAACCGGGGAAUGGAUCGAUAUGGAAUAGAUGCGUCUGAUCACCUUCGUAAUGUUUCCAUCAGAACCGGAGAGACCGUGUCAAAUAUCUCAACACUCUGUGGUUUCUAUGCUGGUCCUGGAACUCUUGGUGAACUGGUCACUAUUGAUUGCCCGCCCUCCACUACUGGACGCUACGUUGAAAUCGCCUUGAUCACCGAAAUUUUGACCCUUUGUGAAGUUGACGUUUUUGUUGCUUCAGUAUAAAGGGCCAAUUAAUUGACAAUUUUUUUAAUUACUCUACAUGACAGAUGAAGAAAAUAGCGUUUGAAAUAUGUAUCAGAAUUUGAUAGAAAGA